AUGAGCGCCGCUAAGAAGCGAAAAUCAUACAACUUUCACCAAGAAUGGGAGACAGAAUUUUGCUUCACAAAUGUCAACGACAAGUGCGUGUGUCUGAUCUGUGGUGCCAGCGUGUCAGUCGGCAAGCGAAGCAAUGUGGAGCGCCAUUUUACCACAAUCCACGGAAACUUUUCGCGCGACUUUCCCAUGGGCACAAACUUACGAAAGGAGAAGAUAAAGGAGCUAAAAUCUGCCCUCCAGAGACAACAAUGUUUGUUCACCAAACCUACGAAGAAGGCAAAUGCAGCCACGGAGGCAUCUUUUAAAGUAGCGCACAUACUAGCUAAGCACAAAAAGCCCUUUACCGACGGUGCCGUUGUGAAGGAGGCUAUGACCGCGGCGGCCGAGACACUGUUCGUGGAUCAUAAAAGUAAGACAGAGAUUAUGUCUGCUAUCGGUGAUGUGCAACUGGGAGCAAACACUGUGGCCAGGAGAGUGACUGCACUGUCUGAGGACGCUGUGGGACAGCUGGAUUCGGACAUUCAGAGGUGUAAAUGGUUCUCAAUUCAAUGUGAUGAGUCGGUGGAUGCCAGCGAUACAGCCCAGCUAGCUGUUUUCGUUCGUAUGGUCUUCGAGGACUUUUCAACCAAAGAAGAGUUUUUGACUCUGCUUCCACUAAAAACUACCACCAGAGGAGUUGAUAUUUACAAUGUAGUGAAGGGCUAUUUUGUGGACAAAAAGGUGCCCAUUGAAAAGCUGGUGUCCAUAACAACAGACGGCGCGCCUGCUAUGACGGGCCGUCAUUCUGGAUUUAUUGCUCACUGUAAAAAGGACCCGGACUUUCCCAAGAUUCUUAACUAUCACUGCAUCAUACAUCAACAAGCUAUUUGCGCCAAAGUUCUGGAUUUUAAUCAUAUCAUGGGACCGGUUGUCAAGAUAAUCAACUCCAUCCGGGCAAAGGCAAAGCAGCACAGGUGCUUCAAGGUGUUUCUCGAGGAAUGCGCAGCGGAGUAUGGGGAUCUCCUCCUUCACACGGACAUCAGGUGGCUGAGUCGCGGACACCUAAAGCAGUUUGAAGAUGUGUCCUAA